GAAAGUUAACAGGAAUAGUUAAAGCCAUCAAUCAAAAUGGACCAAGAAUCGGCAGCUUUCCUUUCAACGAACACAACUAUCACAUCAGCCCCCUUCAACAAUACCAGUGGCUGAAAGAAUUGCAAGAUCUCUGGAAAAUAGAAA